UAUCUUCCUCCUCCCCUUAUCUCCCCUUAUAUCCUCCCCUCUCCUCCCCCCUAUAUCCUCCCCCUCUUCCCCCCUAUAUCCCCCCUAUCAGCUGUCUGUACGGAUGGGAGGCUCUUCAACCACCUGGAAACAAACUGGCGCUUCAGCCCCGGCAUCCCCGGUUACCCCCGUACCUGCACCGUGGAUUUCUCUAUCUCCUUCGAGUUCCGCUCUUUGCUGCACUCCCAAUUGGCCACUGUUUUCUUCGACGAGGUGGUCAAGCAGAUGGUGGCGGCCUUUGAACGUCAAGCAGCCAAAAACUUCGGACCCGAAACCCGCAUCCCACGGGAGCUCAUGUUCCACGAGGUCCAUCAGACGUGAGGGCAGCGUCGAGGCUGCGGACUGUGCCAGGCUCAGCCCCGCUCCCCCCCCAACCCCUUUAAUAUUUAUUUGAGUGCAUCA